AUGACAACACCCAUUCCCUCCCCCAGCGCCCUGCGCGCUCUCCGCGCGCUCUCCACGCAUCCCACCCCAACGCACACCCAAGUCCGCCACGCGACGCUCCUCCGCCGACCCAAGCGCCCCUACACCUUCACCCAACUCGUCACCCUCUCCGAUGGUAGCACCUUCGUGCAGCGCACUACCUCCCCGGUCUCGGUCUACAAGGCGACAAAAGAUACGCGCAACACACCACUGUGGAACCCGAGUUCUCAGAAGCUCUUGAACGUGGAGGAGGAUGAGGCGGGCAAAUUGGCCGCGUUUAGGGCGAAGUUUGGACGGGGCUGGGAUGCUGAGCAGGGCAAGGGAACGGCGAAAGCGGAUCAUUUUAUGGAUUUGAUCAGUGGGAAUGCGGGUAAGGCAGACGCGGCGAAGGGGGCACAACCUGCUGCUCCUGCGCCCUCGAAGUCAACGCCUGCAAAAGCUGGGAAGAAGUGA